GCAGAAUACAAAGCUAGGCAGCGAGGGAGAUUGCUUCUCCCUGCCUGGUGGGAACAGACUCACUCGAAUGCAGCUGAAGCAGCACAGCUUGGAGCAGUGUGGACAGAGGCGAGCGUCCCUCAGCUUCUCCAUGCAGAUGAAGCAGCGAAACACCUCCGCGAUGCUCUGCACGGGACAGGAGAGAGAGGACUAAAAUACAGCACAGAAAUCACCACGGGGUUAAAUCAACAUCACUCAAAUACAGUGCAAACAGAAACUGAAUGUCAUAGAUCAAACACAAGAUCCAGUGCCUGGAUACGGUUCCAGGUUCCUGCUGUGCGGACUGAGUCUGAAGCUGGAUAGGACGCACUGAGGCAAAUAUGCAAAGGAGCCUAUCAGGCAGCAGGGGGUUGUGCUGCAGAGAGAGAACAGACGGCAGCUGGAGCGACAGUAACUGUUUUAAUCUGUGUGAGAUAUUAAGAUGAGCGCAGACACGGUGGAGCAGUCGGAGGCUCCAGCCCAACAGGCAGAGCAAAAUGGAAUCGGCUUCAAUCGACACAUAAAAACAGAGCAGAUCAUCGACUCGCCUCACUCAGUCGCCGCACUGAAGACAUGCCACCUGCCGCAGAGCUCUGCUGGAGGUCAGCUGCCUGGGGAGCUCACGUCUCUCCACAGCAUGCAGCAGCUGGUCCUGAUGCCUCCGUCUCACCUGACCUCCCCCCCCCCCUUCCUGCUCUCCCAGAGCCCCACCAGCCACCAAGCACUUCUGCAGCAGAACCUGCUGAGUCAAACAAAUCUCCUCCAGCAUCAGCCUGGACUGGCGCUGACUCCACAGGCAAUGAGCCGCUCUGGUCUGGCUGGGCCGUCCAUGGAGAACCACAUGGACAUGUCCCACCUGCAGAUGCCCAAACACAUGUCCGUGCCCCCCCAGGAGGAACCCUCCGACCUGGAAGAGCUGGAGCUGUUUGCUAAGGCAUUCAAACAAAGACGCAUCAAACUGGGAUUCACACAGGGAGAUGUGGGCCUUGCAAUGGGAAAACUGUACGGGAAUGAUUUCAGUCAGACCACAAUCUCUCGCUUCGAGGCUCUCAACCUCAGCUUCAAGAACAUGUGCAAGCUCAAACCUCUGCUGGAGAAAUGGCUGAGUGAUGCAGAGAACUCCCCUUCUGACUCGAUGAGCAGCACUUCUCUGCCGCCCCUGAUCGAGGGCUACGGACGCAAACGGAAAAAAAGGACAAGCAUUGAAACAAACAUCAAGAUGACUCUGGAGAAACGUUUCCGUGACAACCCUAAGCCAAACUCAGAGGAGAUAACUCUGAUCUCGGAGCAGCUGUCCAUGGAGAAGGAGGUGGUUCGAGUUUGGUUUUGUAAUCGGCGUCAGAAGGAGAAGAGGAUCUAUUGCCCUGUGACGAGUUUAUCCGUCAAGAAUCACAGCUACAACUCCAGAAUGGCCGCAGUAUCCAGACCAUACAGUCCUCUGGCUUCAGGCGGAGUUUCAUCAAAUUCCUCUCCAAACAGUGGGAGCCGUGAAGCUUCUCCCAACGGCAUGUCCUCCUCCUCAGCCUCCGUCUCUCUGACCUCUCAGGUUAACCCGUCCUACAGCGCACCAGGGUCUUGGUAUCGGACGUGGAACCCUGCAGCGUAUCAUCACUGAGAAACAUGAACUGUACCACAUGAAGCUUUUGUUUUGAGAAGGAUGUACAAUGAAGAUUUGUGAAGGAGUAAUAACGCUUGUUAUGAACAGGGUUACACAGCUUAAGGCUAACCCCCAUAAGAACAGCAGAGGACUGCAAACACACCACACCAACUGCUGUUAGGACAGCCUCAAGCUGUUUGAUCUGUGUUCAUUGACUCAGUGUAACAGCUGCAAAGGGGGCGAACACACAGAACGACCUGCAGGGUAUCUGAUACACUAGUGAGGAUUCUCAUCUGCAAACCUGUACAACUCAAAUACUUUGUUUGAUGUUUGUGUGCUAAACUGUUGCUUUUUCUGCCAUAUGCUUGCUGUCUACAGUUGUUGCUGUUUAUUAUAUGUUUUUAUUUGAGUGAAUAUUGUAUUAGUGAGUUUGAUUCAAUACCAUUUACUGCUCGCCCGUCUGAAUAAACACGCAGUCAAAAUAAAGGGGUUCAUCAUGACUGGA